GCAUUCGUCGAAUCUCUAUCAGCCUGCAAGUCGGCUCGUCUGUGAGCGCGCUGUCGUUGCCGGUCGUCCUGAAGGCUAGCUACGCGGGCACGAUGAUCAUGUCGAAGCAGAUGGAGACACGAGAGGGGUAGUAGCGGCUUGAAGCCUAGCUCUCGCGUACUAUGACGCUGACGUUGUUGUCUGGCCGCCGAGGGGAAGAAAAUCAAGUCGCCGUUGAAAACCAACAGGACGCAACCACCCAGAUCACAAACACUGGGGUCUCCAUAGCUCUCGAUGGCCACUAACUAGUUGUAGACUCUACUAUAUCCAAGUACCUAUCCUAACGAUGGUGCCUCAGAGAGAAGAUCGAGCGGCCAUCGCGCGCCUGAGGCGCACUCCCAGAGUUUUACAGCGGAACGAUGUCAUCGAAUUCUGUCAUCCUCGGGACCGCUACGACUCAAAAUGCAAACUGAGCACCCACCAGUCGUUUUUCAAUCCUUCGUUAAAGCCAUACACGACAAUAUCCGUUUCUAGAGGUU